GAAUCAUGACUCUUAAAUCACCCACAGCAAUUUGGGAUUAUCUGAAAGAGGAAUACGCUAGAGAUGAUAGAAUACGAAGCAUGCAAGUGCUGAAUUUAAGGAGGGAAUUUGAGCUUCAAAGGAUGGAAGAGUCAGAGACAAUCAAAGAAUACUCAAACAAAUUGUUGGGUAUUGCCAACAAGAUAAAGUUGUUGGGAAGUGAUUUUGCUGAUUCGAGAAUUGUAGAGAAAAUUUUGGUAACGGUGCCGGAGAGGUAUGAAGCAUCUAUAGCUUCAUUGGAGAACACAAAGGAUCUGUCGAAAAUCACAUUGGCAGAAGUGCUACAUGCCAUGCAAGCUCAAGAGCAGCGAAGGUUGAUGAGGAAGGAUCGUGUUGUCGAAGGUGCUUUGCCCGCCAAACAUCAUGAAGUUGAUGAAAGCAAAAAGGAUUUUUUCAAGAAGAAUAAACCAGCAAGCAGCGAAAAUAGUGCAAACAACCAAGGUAAGGAUAAAAAGAAAAAUUAUCCACCUUGUCAGCAUUGUGGCAAAAAAGGUCAUGCACCUUUCAGAUGUUGGAGGAGACCAGAUGCAAAAUGUAACAAGUGAAACCAGAUAGGGCAUGAAGCGGUGAUCUGCGCCAACAAAAAUCACCAUGAUGAGGGAGCUCAGAUUGCUAAUCAAGAAGAGGAGGACCAACUGUUUGUGGCCACAUGCUUCUUGAGUAGUGAAUCAAGUGAA